AUGGCCGCCGUCGCCCCAGCACCAGAGGACCUCGCCGUGGAGGCAGCCUGCAAGGUCAAGCUCGUGCCGGCCGGCGUGGAACGCGACGAGCAGCAGGGGGGUUGUUGCUGCUGUGCUUCCUCUCUGGCGAGGCGGGCAGUGUCCUGGGGCAGGCAGCUCCUCUCCCGCGCCGUCGUCGGCAGCGAGCCGAAGCGUGUGCUCGUGGCGGUGGCAGCCGGCACGGAGCCGCUGGAGGCGGCUGCCCCUGCCGACAUUCUUGAACGCGCCGGCGCAAGUGUCACGGUGGCCACCGUCGGCGACAUCGUCGUGGAGGCCGCUCACGGGGUCAGGUUCGUCGCGGACGGCAGGGUCGCCGACCUGGAAGGCGAGGAAUUCGACCUCAUCGUCCUACCAGGAGGAAUGGUAGGAUCAGUUAAUCUUAGAGACUGCAAGGAGCUCGAGAAGAUGGUCAAGAAGCAUGUACAGAAGGGGCGCCUCUACGGUGCCAUCGGCGCCGCUCCGGCGGUGGCGCUGGCCAACUGGGGCAUGCUCAAAGGCUUCAAGGCGACUUGCUAUCCGCCAUUGUUGGGCAGGUUCGGCAAUGAAGUGAUCGCCGUGGACUCGAGGGUGGUGACGGACAGGAACCUGGUGACCAGCCAGGGUCUCGGGACGGCGAUCGAGUUCGCACUCACCUUGGUGGAACAGCUCUACGGAGAAGACAAGAUGGAGGAGGUUGCUGGACCUUUGUAUGUGCGCCCCCAGCAAGGAAUUGACUAUACCAUCAAAGAGUACAAUCAGAUACAAUGGAAAUGCGCCGGCACACCUAAGGUUCUCGUACCAGUUGCCAAUGGCUCGGAGGAGAUGGAGGCUCUCAACCUGAUCGACGUGUUGCGCAGAGCAGGGGCACAUGUUACUAUCGGAUCGGUCGAGGAUACGCUGCAGAUCGUGACCCGUCACCACAAGUUCAAUCUCAUAGCUGAUGUGAUGAUGGAACAAGCAGCUGAAAUGGAGUUCGAUCUGAUCGUCAUGCCGGGUGGUAUUCCUGGGGCUAUGAAGUUUACCAGUACAGAGGAACUUGUUGCUUUGCUGAAGAAACAGGCAGAAGCUGGUAAACCCUACGGCGCAAUAUGCGCUUCCCCUGGUUACGUCCUCGAGCCCCACGGUUUGCUCAAGGGUAAGAAGGCAACAUCAUUUCCACCGGUGGCGUACCUGCUUAGAGACCAGAGCGCGUGCGAAUACAGGGUCGUCGUCGACGGUAACCUCAUCACUAGUAAAGCGCCAGGUAGCGCGACAGAGUUCGCCCUGGCCAUUGUUGACAAGCUAUUCGGCCGAGAGAAGGCGGUCUCUGUAGCCAAGGAGUUGGUUUUUAUGUGACUGC